AUGGGCCACCACCCUUCAGCCCCUAGCCUGGGCAGCUUACGUAUUGCAACUCCCGACGAUGUCCUACGCAUUGGGAUCGUGGCAGCUGCAGGCUUUAGAUACUCGCCUCUUUUCCGCUGGGAACGGCCCUUCCACGCGAAACAUCCUGAAGAUACAUUGGCAUCGUAUCGUACGCUGUUCGGAGCCGACAUGCAGAACGAUGAUUUCGUUGUCCUGGUGCAAGAAGAUGCCUACGAGCCUAGCGAGGGUAACAAGACUGAAGCCAUCAUCCCGCGGAACAAUGGAUGGGAGCCUCCAGAAGCUGGGACGAAGGUCGUUGUAGGAGUUAUGAGCUUACAGCUGGAGCCUAACUCUCCACGAAGGGGACAAUUCAAGGGUCGAGAGGGCUCUUGCCCUUUUCGCUUUGAGAACGAUGGACGUGACUUGAAUCGCCGCCACUACGAUUCAUGGGGUAGUCUGUCUGGUUCUAAGAAAAGAGAGCAUUGCCAUGGAGCCUCGGUUAUCAGUAUGGUCGUCGUACAUCCUGCAUACUGGAACCGUGGAUAUGGCACUGCUCUCAUGCAAUGGGCAAAGGACCUGUCGGAUCUCGACCGUGUCAAACAAUGCGUCAGCGCUGCGCCAAUGUCGGAGCCCCUUUUUCUCGCGCUAGGAUUCCAGCGCAUUUGUCCUAUAGCCGCUAAAGGGGACGAGGAUGACGCUGAAGGAGUGAGCACUGCACUUUUGGAAUACCGUACAGAAGUGUCCUAA